ACCGUUUCCACGUGUCAGUCUCUACACUCGAUAGAUCCAUGAAACCUCUGUAACCCCCGGCGUGACUCGCACUUUCCCUCCGGCGCCAACUCGGGGUACUGACAACCUAAAUCUCACCGCCGAUUCUAUCCUGGCCGAGUUCCGAUAGGAGAAUCGCCACCAGAUAGUGCAGAUUCGCACUCUCUCAGCAUCAUGAAUAUCGAACAAAAUGUAAAAAAAUGGAUCAUCAAAGUAGAAGGAGAAUCCGAAUUCAUACGGUUUGUGAGUUGCUUACCAUUUGUGUAUGUAAGGAAUUGGAGCUCAAUCAUGGUGAAUUUUGCAUUGAAGACAGUGAGAACGUAGACUUAUGUGUGAUAUCCUUUAUGGUUGAGUAGUAAGUACCGAAUGCUAAGCAAAAUUGGAAGAAAAUGCCCUAAUUUUUCAAAUAUCUAGCUGAGACUAUUGACAUUUUAGUUUAUUCAAUCAGCAAAAUUGGAAAAAAUUCAUAUUUGGUAUAGAAACUUCAUUUCAUAUUCUGUGUGGGAUUGGAUUAUCCCUGUAUUGAAUCGAAAUUUCUGUUUUUGUAGACUGUUAUGGUCUUUAUUUGCCAUGGAACUUGAUAUAUGAAUAAUCUUGGUUUUGUUUGACCUUGAUUAUUUUGUGUUUAUAAAUGAAAUUUAUGGUGACCUUUUCCUUUUUAAUUACUCUAUAUGGAAGAAGUUUGUCUCAAUAGGGAGCCGGUGUUUGAAGAAGAUGAUGAAUUUGAGGUUGAAAACGACUGUAGUGCAGCGGAGCGGUAUGAUGAAACUGGGGAAUCACAUUUGCGGAAGGAACCCUUGCCACCUACUGUGCGUUUGGAGUUUGGUUCUACUGAUGAAGCUUAUGAUUGUAUGCCAGGAAACAGGGGUUUGGCAUCAGAGUAGGCAACUCUUGGUUUAGACCAAAGAGAAAGGAGUGGUAUAGAGCAAAGCUUAGCUGCAGUAGGCAGUAGCACAGUUUCAAGAAAAAGAGUGAAGCCAAUUGACCAAAACCAGAAACGAGGACCGGUUGUCCCGCAAUGAUAGUCAUCAGGCUUCUAGACUCUAAAAGGUGGAGAAUUGUUGAAGUUGAGCUUCAGCAUAACCAUCCUCUGAGUCCCCAAAUUAAACGGUUUUACGAAUCGCAUAAAAAGAUGAUUCUUGCUGCCAGAAAAGCACAACCACCACUAGACCCUGUUAAAGAAGUACACUCCAUUAAGCUGUACCAGUCAGCUGUUAUGGAUAGUGGGUGUAAUGAAUACUGCAAUACUGAGCAAGUAGAUGGUAUGAAUCAUGUAUAUUGGUCCAGGUAAUGAAUAUGGCAAUACUGAACAAGUAGAUGGUAUGAAUCAUGUGUAUCGGUUCAGGCAUUUGGAACUCAAAGAAGGAGAUGCAUAUGCAAUUGAUAACUACUUUUGCCUCAUGAAGUUGACAAAUCCGACUUUCUUCUACUUAAUGGAUCUUGAUGAUGAUGGGCUAUGAGGAAUAUAUUCUGGGCUGAUGCUAGGUCUUGGGCUGCUUAUGCAUAUUUUUGUGACAGUGUUGCAAUUGAAACAACAUGCUUGGCAUUUGGCAAACAAAUAUGAAAUCCCGCUGAUUUCCUUUGUUGGUGUGAACCACCAUGGACAGUCAGUGUUGCUGGAUUGUGCUUUUGUUGGACAUGAAUCAGUUGACUACUUCAUUUGGGUUUUUAGGGCAUGGCUUAGUUGCAUGAUCGGUCCUCCUCCUCAAGUUAUAGUUACUGACCAGUCUUACCCCUUGCAAAAUGCAAUUUCUGAGGUUUUCCCCAAAGCUCGUCAUUGUUAUUGUGCAUGCUGCCAUGGUAUAACAUGCAGAGAGUUCCAGAGAGGUUGGGAGGACUAAAAGGAUAUGAAGCAAUCAAACGACAAUUAUACGAAGCAGUGUAUAAUUCCUUGAAGAUAUCUGAGUUUGAAAUUUCUUGGGCUGAUAUGAUAAAGCGGCACAGACUUGGGGAUAAUAAAUGGCUCCGAGCUUUGUAUGAAGAACGUCAAUGGUGGGUUCCGGUUUAUUUAAAGGAUGUGUUUUUUGCUGGGAUGAUCCCUAUCCAAGAAAUUGAGAGCUUAAAUGUAUUUUUUGAUGGUUAUGUACAUAAACACACGUCCUGCAAAGAAUUUGUAGAUAAAUAUGAUCUGGUCCUGCACAGUAAGCACCAAAAAGAAACCAUGGCAGAUAUCCAGUCAAGAAACUCGAGGUUUGAAUUGAAAAGAAGAUGUAAUUUUGAGCUGCAGCUCUCUAAGGUUUAUGCAAAAGAAUUUUUUAGGAGGUUUCAGUCUGAGGUGGAGGGGAUUUUGUAUUCUUGCAUCAACACAAGGCAGGUGAGUGUCAAUGGCCCAAUUGUAACUCCAGAAGAAGGUUAGGCAAUUUGAAGUUCUAUGAGACAAAUCAAGUUGAUAUUCGAUGCAUUUGCAGUUUGUUCAACUAUAAAGGUUAUCUGUGCCGGCAUGUGCCAAGUGUUCUUAAUUAUAAGGGGGUGGAUGAAAUUUCGUCUUGCUACAUUCUGCAAAGGUGGAAUAAGGAUUUAAGUGCAGGUGCCUGCAGGAUAAUGGCUCUGGCAAUAUUGAUGUGAAUAACCCAGUUUACUGGAUUUAAUCAUUUGUAUAAACGUGUCAUUCGCAUUGUAGACAAAGGAGCACAAACUCAAGAACAUUAUAGGAUUGCGCUGCAAGAGUUGGAGGAGUUGUUGAGCAAAUUCAAUCUUGCAGAGGACAACUCAUUGCAAAUUAUGAAUCCAAUGUAAGCUAAAAGCAGGAAAUGCAAAGGGUAUCCUCUUUCAUUUUCUUUUGUGAGUUAGGGCAUCUGUCCGUCUGUUUUCAUUGUGCAUGCACAGAUGCACUUACAAGGUGGUUAUUUCAAUUUGAUUAAGAUGCCUUAAUUAUUGAUCCAUUUGUUUCUGGUACUGAUUGGAGAGCUCAGCUUCUGGUCUUAAGAGAAACCUUGGGGAAGAGUAUAGGGGACCGAGUAAGUUGGCCCCAUAAGAUAAGCCAGAGAGAACCCACCAAGACCACGGGCACACCACACCAGAUUGCACCGCACUGAAGUAUGAGCUGGCUGAGCUUCUCAAGAGAGGCCAUCUCAGGGACCUGUUGAUGGAAAAGGCGAGGAGAGGAGAGUGUGAAAGAAACUCUCCAGGACCCGCUGAGCCAGAGAAGACCAUUGGUGUCAUCAUCGGAGACUCAGACAUUGGUGGGGUUGGUGGGGUCUCCCACUCUGCAUUAUUUGUAUGCUUAACCUAUUUGUAUAGUGCAACUGUUCAAAGUCAUAUGUAAUAUAUAGCAGUGUAGGUGUUGCAGAAGUAAUGUAGAAAUUAAGAAACUGCAGUAGUAAUUUACUCUUAUAAAUGUGCUGGUAUUUAGCAGAGGGAAUUGGUUUUUUAAGCAUUUAUAGUGGAAUUGUAAAGAAUUGGACUAGGAAUUGUAGGGGAAUCGAAAUUGCUUUAGUCAAUUCUUGAACUAGAUGGG